AGCGCAGCCCUCCGUGCGCUGGGCAGCCACACAGCGAGUGCCCGCCAGGCUGUGAUUCGUAUACAGAGCCCCACCUCCGCUCCACUACGGCAGACCCUGCGUCUGAUUGCUUCCGCGUCCCUCUCUUCUCUCGGCGAGAUCGCAAAAGACCUCUUCAAAACAAAGUCGACGGUCUGGCUGCGCUUAGUCGGUGCACAGAGCAUGGUUGCGCCCUCUGGCUGUGACUCGCCACUCACUAGUCGUCCCAUGAUCUGAGGCGCUGUGACUACAUUGCCAUGGCCGACCCCAGGUCCCACGAUCCCGCAAAUGCUCGCCUGCCGGGUAUCCAGGCGAAGUCGCGAAAGAAGACCAUGGAGCACCCGGAGCUCGCCAAAGAACGCGAAUUUUACAGGUACUAUCCGCAGCGGUCCACCUCGAACGAGGGUCUCAGUCGGCAGCCGUCCCCCGUGCCCGCCCACGCUACCCCGACGCCGCCGCGAGCCCUUCCUUCGAGCUCAGGCCUCGGCAUCGCAGGCGCAUUCGAGAGCCACCCACGGCCUUCCGAAGACAAAGCAUUGACUGCUUUCGCGCAACUGGGAGCUCUGCGCCUCAAUGCGCGAAGAUGUCUUAUCUCCUUCUUCGAUCGCCGCAACUGCUACAUCCUGGCCGAGGCCACCAGGACGUCGUCCCUGUGUACAGGCCAGCCCGAGUUCAGCGAGGACUGCCUGAGCUGGGGCAACACCAUCCUCCCCAAAGAAGAGAGCAUCUGCUACUACACGGUCAACCUUGGGGGUAGUUCGCCUUUCGACAGUCUGCCCACUCUUGUCGUCAACGACCUGUUAGCAGACCACCGCUUCAAGCACUUUCCAUCGGUUGUGGGGAGUGCAAAAUCGCGUUUCUAUGCCGGAAUUCCCAUUCGCAGCCCAAGCGGGCACACCAUUGGCACAUAUUGCGUUCUAGAUGACAAGCCGCGGGACGGCCUUACUACCCAUCAACUGGAUUUUCUGAAAGACAUGGCAGGUACAGUGAUGCGACAUUUGGAGAUGACGAGGGCUACCGAGGAUCACCGGAGAGGCAAGAUCAUGGUUAAGAGCUUGGGAUCGUUUGCCGAAGGAAAGAGCGGGCUCGAAGACUGGUGGCAGGACCCGUGGGACACGCCGCUGUCCGCAGGCUUAUCCGAAACACCCCUCCAACGACAACGCCCUGCAGCACGGUCGAACGCCGAUCAGGAGCCCUUCAUAAUUGACCGAAACGCCAGUACGAUGUCGAGUAUAAAAAGCCCAACCAACACAGACACCUCGAGUAUCCGUCCAAUGAGCAGCGUUGCUACGCCGGCUUCCGAACUUGGACCAGAACCACCCAAAGCACCAGAACCCGUGGUCAAGUUCUCUUCUACUUCCCAGAAUGACCCGCAGGGCAACAUUGCGCCUGAGAUCCAAGCAGCUUUCAGCAGGGCGUCAAAUAUGAUUGUUGAUGCGAUUGAAGCUGAUGGCGUUGCUUUCUUUGACGCCAAGAUCAGCACGUUUGGCGGGCUGGUGGAUGAUGAUCUCUUUUCUGAGCAAUUGCCCGAGCCAGACAAGCCUUGUGUUCUGUUGGGUUCUGCGUUGAGUAAAAACAACAGAGAAGUUUCAAGUCCCUCUGACUUUCAAUACUCCAUGUCUGAAAGUGUCUUGCGGCACUUGCUUCGUUCCUACUCGCACGGCCAAAUCUUCAAUUUCGACGAUGAGAUCUCGACAACGCCAGCCAUCAACUCGCCUUCUGCAAACGGCGAGAUGGAAGUAUCAGAUGGCUUUCCAUUCAAUAUCUCACGCAAGUCAGAAUCCACCAGAAGUCUGGACGACGAAAACUUCCUUCGGAGCACGUUUCCAAAGGCAAAGAGCCUGGUUCUCUAUCCAUUGUGGGACUCACAUCGGGAUCGGUGGUUUGCUAGCGCUGUCAUCUGGAGUUCCGAUCCCAUGCGUGUCUUCACCAGCGAACAAGAGCUGAGCUUCCUCGCGGCCUUCAGUAAUUCUGUCAUGGCCGAGGUUGCACGGUUGGAUACCAAGUUAGCGGAUGCUGCAAAGGCCGAUUUCAUCUCGUCCAUCAGUCACGAACUUCGUUCUCCCCUUCACGGUAUCUUGGGUAUGACUGAUUUGCUUAAGGACACACGGAUCGACGGCCAGCAGACGAAUCAUGUGGAGACCAUCGAAAAUUGUGGCAAAACACUCCUGGAGACUAUCAAUCAUGUUCUGGACUUUGCCAAAAUCAACAAUUUAACACGAGGAAAAUCCAAAAAGUCGAAAAAGCGUACACAAAGCGCUAAACACGUUAUCAGUCCUGGACAGAGCCAUACUAACGAUAUCAUGACGUUGAUCAACGAUGUCGAUAUGAGUAUUCUCACAGAAGAUGUUGUCGAAAGCAUCUUUGCAGGCCAUGUGCACAAGGAAAAGUCAAACCAAACAUAUGGGCUCACCGCGUGUAAGACGGAGGCCCUCCCACUAACCUUGAUUAUCGACAUCAACCAGAGCGGAAACUACGUGUUCCGCACACAACCUGGCGCAUGGCGACGUGUGAUCAUGAAUUUGUUCGGAAACGCGCUGAAGUACACCGAAGCCGGGUUUGUCAAGGUUAAGCUCCAGGUGAUGCCAAAGUCGAGCCCUACCGAGGAAUACCGCGAGUUCCGACUGUCAGUGACUGAUAGUGGUAUCGGAAUGUCAGAAGACUACAAGAACAACAGACUCUUCCACUCUUUCGCCCAAGAGAAUCCUCUGAGUCAAGGAACUGGCCUCGGUCUGAGCAUCGUCAAGCAGAUUGUCGAAUCUCUUGGAGGUGAAGUCGACGUUCACAGCGUAAAGGGUCAAGGAACCAAGUUCACGGUGUCCUGCCCUCUGAAGGAGUCGAUCAUGUCUCCGUCUUUCUGCGCCACGCGACCCGAGCAAGAGAAAGGAAAGCACUUGAAGGAGGUCGGAAAACGCACACAAGGCAUGAAGGUCUGCUUCAAGGGUUUUGAGGAAGAAGAGGAGUACUUUGUUAGAAGCUUGAAGGGAAAAAGUGCCGGCAAACUUGCGAUGAAAGCGCUCGACGGCCUGUGUGCCGACUGGUUUGGCAUGAAGACCUGUGCUACUGGUCCUUGCGCUGCGCAGCCUGACAUCAUUAUUGCAACUGAAUCUGUUGCAAAGGUGCUGCGUGCUCAGCACAGCCAGGGAUCAAACAAAGCCAACCAUCCACCUGUCAUUGUUGUCUGCCAGGGCGCUGCAUCUGCGCAAUCUACCACCGCGAUUACAAUCCCUGGCGUCAUCUUUGAAUGCAUCGGGCAGCCUGUCGGUCCUCACAAGAUGGCAAAAGCUCUGUCCUCCUGCCUUGACCGUCACGCACAUCGUCUGCUCGAUCAAGCCAAUGAGGCAGAAGCAACACUGCACAAAGUCACACAGCUCAGCUUGAGGGAGAAUACGCCGCCUCAGAGUCCGGAUAUAUUUGGCCGCCUCCUCGAUCAUGCUCGGCCGACUCUCACUUCAACAGGUAGUGCCCCUGAAGUGCGUUCAGUCCACUCGCCUCCAGCCAAGAAGUCGGCAUACUCCACGCCAACAAGAUCGCUGAACUGCCUGGCCGUCGACGAUAACCCUAUCAAUCUACGCUUACUUCGAACGUUCAUUGACAAGCUUGGUCACCGCCACGUGCUGGCUGUCAACGGCCUCGAAGCUCUGGACACCUACAAGACAGCUCAAGACCAUUUGCCGGAGACCGGAUCUGCAACCCAGGCUCACACGGCAACUGCGAAAGCUGCUGCUGCUGACAUGACUGCACGCAUCGAUGUUAUCCUGAUGGAUAUCAAUAUGCCUGAAAUGGACGGCCUCGAGGCCACACGCCAGAUUCGCGCCCACGAGAUUCGGAAUGGAUUGCCGCCUGUCACCAUCAUCGCGCUCACAGGUGUUGCCAGCACUGAAACCCAACAAGAGGCCAACUCAAGUGGCGUCAAUCUGUUCUUGAUCAAGCCGGUACGACUGGCGGAACUGGAGGUGGUGCUGAAGGGCGUGGUCACAGGGCAAGAGAAGGCCGAGCAGGAGGAGAGAGAUAAAGAGAAUCAACCUAUAACAGAGUCACAAUCUCAGCCGCUGUCACCGCAGCAGUUGCAGCCACAGACACCGCGUGCGCCUCCGCCGCAGAUACAGUUGCCGCAGAUGCAGACGCCUCCGCAGGCGCAUCUAGAACAGGCUCACCUAGAACAAGGCUUACCCAAGGCCAAAGAAGAGAAGAACGGGAGCACCAUCACAGUCAAGGAGGUCAAAUGACUUGCAGUAGCAGCAAUCAGCGUAGCACUUUUUGGUAUUUGGGCCAGGCGAACCCAGUGAACGAACAGGCGUUAUACCCAACAUUUCAUGACACAUAGAUUAGCUUUCACGGUAUCAUGGUACGGCGUUGGAACGCGCAGGAAGCGGCUUUUAGGCCGCGCUAGCGUAGAGUUAUUAAACUUCAAUACCCCCC